AUGAGCCACUCGACCAUUGAGACCGGUGCGACGAAUGCGACAACCUCGACGAGUUGUGGAACGAGCGCGCCGGGCGUCGAUACGCGCCUGUUCUCGGGCGUGCGCUUUCGGCUCAACUCGAGUCUCAGGAAGGAGGUUAGGAAACAAGUUGAGUAGUGCGAUCGAUUAUUGGGUCGUGGUCCAUUAUUGGGUGUGCAUGGACUGCGAGUAGCGUCGCUGGGCUUGUGGGUGGCAAAGGUCAAAGCGAACCCCACCACCCGUCGCCGUCAAUUCACAAGAGAUGUCGUACUAAACUCGGUUACGUCUCUCUCUCUCACAUAGCUGAGCCAACUUCUCGUCUCGAACGGUGCCACCGAAGUACCUGCCCCAUCCAUCGCCGAAGAGAACGAGCUAGUAGAUCCGACCUCGGACUCGGACGAGCGCGAGCAAGCCGUCGAUCGUUCCCUUACUCACUGGAUCACCGACACCUUGGACUUUGCUGAAUACGCUCAACUGCCACCUAAUGAAGAGUCAUCGAAUGCGGUCGCCCUUCCUGUUCCACGCGCUGCAGUCGUGAACAACGCUUCGGGCGGGACGGGCAAGAUGAAGGAUGAAGUCGGUGAGCAAGUCAAGAUCGUUACGGUGAGUUGUGGGGAGACAGUUUUUUUUUGCAUCAACGAUCAAGUCUGAAUUGACUGCCUGCUAAUCGACGUGAAUCCUGUGCAGCCUUAUUGGGUGACGAGGUCGUACGACCUGCAACAGCUGCAGCAGUUAGUCCUCAUUGGACGAGGGUACUGAUCCGGGCCGAAAACUUGUUGACGUUGCCCACUUUUCGCCCGAUGCAGACCGCGACACUAUUCAGCCGAUCCUUUGCUCAUCUUUUCCGGGCUUUGUGUAUGCUGCGAUGGGGUGGGUACCGCUCACUUCUCAGGGGUCUCCUCCAAUGUCAUGGGAUCUGGACUGACGCGAUUCUUCCGCCGCCACAGUUGCCCGAGACGGACGCGCAAUCGAUCGCUGCGGGCGUGCAGUCACUCGGAGGACAAUCCAGACGCGAGUUGACCAGAGAGGUCACGCAUUUGCUCUUGAUGAGCCCAGAAGGGGUCAGUGAUGGGCCAUCAGUACCCCUUUCGAAUCACUGUGGACUGACGCAGCGCACCGACAGGCGAAAUACGAAGCGUGGCUCAAGCAUGGUGCUGCGGUCGGGAUGGUCGCAUUACUACCUCAUUGGUGCGGUUUGGAUACCCCCCCAAAGUUUUACGUAAAUGUCCACGGGGCUGACCUGUGGACUUGGGGGAAAUUCUGCACAGGUUCGAAGACUGUUUCAAACUUCGACAAUUGAUCCCGCACGACAUCUACGCCUUCCCCGAUCCACCUUACAUCAACCUACGAACGAUCGGUUCGGCCAAAUCGUACGACGAGCGACUGUUCGACCUCGUCAAAACGAGUGCUUCGACGAAUGGACGGUCGCACGCGGUGUCGGUUGAACAGAUGAGCGCGACGAAGAGGCUUGAACUCGCUUUCUCUCGGUUAUCCGAUAACGAACCGUAUCAACGAACAGCGUUGAUCGAAUUGGAUCGAUCGCACGUUGGAGGUUCGAUCGCUCUUUCCGAGCCUGGCGUCAGAGCAAGGAUAGGCGCCGCCACGACAGUCGGUUCGUCGUCCACCAUCGGCGGGACGACCAGUCGCUCAACCGCGGCGACUUUGAAUGGAAGUUGGCCCCCCGUAACUGGAUUGGCGACUUCGAGUGAUGCGAGCUUGUUCUCGGGUCAUCGGGUCUACUUGGCCAGUGAUUUGGGGCUCAGACCUGGUUUGGAAGAGGCGAUUCAGAAGCGCAUUAUCGAGGCUGGCGGAAGGUGUUGGUCGUUUGGUUUGGAUGGGGGUAAAUCCGGGACGGGCAAGAACAGUCUUUUGACGACGUCGACCGAGGAACGAAGGGGGUCGAUUUCAGAAGAAGGGACGAAUAGUGCGUCUGUAACCAUCUCGAAGCGCGAUCGAACGGACGAGUGGGACCGACGAAGAGAGGCCGAGCGAGAGUUGCACAGCUCGACGAUCGUCAUCACUCGCACUCGACAAGGUUGGGAAUGGUGGUUGGCUUACGAGGCGGGCUUAUCGACCUCUUCCUCCGUCGACUCGAGUCCGAAGAAGGUAGGGCAGCGUCGACACAAGAUGAUUGGCAACCUCGCAUGGGUGUACCACGUUCUCGCCGUAGGUAAACUCGAUCCACCUUCAUCAAGGAUCCUUCAUUUCCCUCUACCGAGUUUGGAAGGCGUGCCCGAACUCAGAGGGCAAUUGUGUACGAUUUCGAAUUAUUCGGGAGCGGCGAGGGAUUACGUUCGUGCGAUGAUCGAGGCGUUGGGCGCAACUUUUGAUGGCGCGAUGUGCAAACAGACCAAGUUCGUCAUCACGGCUAGGUAAGUCGGUGUCGUUCAUUCCUCAUGCUCGAGAGCGCAAGCCAGCCUGACUUUGUCGCCAAUCCCCGAAUGCCAUGCCUUGCAGUGAAUUCGGCAACAAAGUUAAACACGCUCGUCAAUGGGGGAUCCCACUCGUCACCCACACCUGGCUCGAAGCCUGUCUCGCCAAAUGGGCCUUCAUAAACCCCGCCUUGUCCACUACCUACCUCGUCGAAGGUACUUCCCCGGCGAUCGCGUUCCCUCAGAUGGUCGGGGAAGCGAGGUUGUCCAAGGCGAAUAUUGAAGAUUGGGUGCAGAGGGAUGCGGUCAAGGUGUUGAGGGAAGAAGCGUUGAGCUCGGGCUUGAGCAUGAGCAUGAGGGAGGUGGUGGUGGUGGGGAUGGAAGCUGAUGAGGAGGGCUGGGGUGGGAAGGGGGCGCAAGGUGAUGUGGUGAUGGAGGAUGGGCAAACCAAGCCACCGUCGUCACCAAAGCUGAGGAAGAGGAUCGACACCAAGUCUAUUGCCACGAAGAGCAAGACGACGAAGGGGAAACAAGCUGUCAUCGCCGAUGAGGAUUCGAGCGACGAAGAGACGACGACCAAAGUCGCGCCGAAGAAGAAGAUGACCAAGACUGCCGUCCAAGCACCGGCGAUGAAGCGGAAACGAUCGAGCAGUGGGUUGACGUCGUUGUCGCCUGAACCGAAAGCUGAAGUCAUCGUCGUCGAAGAGGAGGAACAAGCUCCAGCAUCGGCUACAAAAGCUACCGCCUCAGGCAAGAAAGGUGUUGCCGCUGCUAAGAAGAAUGCCGAUCCUGCUACUCCAGCUGCUAAGAUUCAAGCUGGACGUGGACGGUCCGACAAGUCGUCAACUCGCAAGGGGAAGAAAAAGGCCGAUUCGGACGAAGACGACGAUGGGUCCUCUUCCUCAUCAUCCGAUUCGGGUCCCGAACCUUCCUUCACCAAGACCUUUGGUCAAAUCGAUCCGGCCAACAUGAUCGUCGGGGGAUCGCGUCGAGCCGCGGCUGGCAAAGCGGCGCAAUUGCUCGCGCAACAGAUGCCGGAUGCGAUCCGGUUCGCGAAGGAGCAAAAGUCGGCCGAUAAGAAGAAGAAAAUUGUGACAACGCCUGGGCCGGCGGGAACGGCUACGAAGCGUGGGUCUAUGGGUCCUUUGGGGUCGGCCAAGAGGGAGGAUGGAGAGAGUGAGGAUGAGGAUGAGGUGAUGAAAAGAAGGGACGACGAUGAAAAGGAUGACGCGCCUGCGCCAAAGCCGAAAGCGAAGCCGGCGAAGAAGAGGAAACCAAACGAAAUCAGUGAGCCCAAGGACGACGAGGAUGAGGAACACGUUCCGAAUGGUGGACAGGCGAAGAAGAGGGCCAAGACAGUGGCGGCGACGGCGACGGCGACGGCACCGAAAGGUGGACGUUUGGCAGCGACGAUGGCGACGGAUGCGACGACGAGUGGGCAGAUCUCGUCUUUUGAUGCCCCUCCGCGGGGGAAACCGGCGUGAGUUUGCCUAACUGAUGGACCCUCUGCUGUAUGCGUUGAGCUGAUGAAGUCGAGGUCACAUUCACAGAUUGAAGAAUGGCGGGCGCAAGUUGAUGCUCAUGUCGACCGGGCUUGGGUUGGACGCCAAGUCACCCGAGAUCAAGGUUAGUCUCGAGGUGAGGGUGGGGCUCAGAACGGUUGGAACUGACGACUUUCUUCGUUCGUUCUGCGCAGUCGCUCAAGCCGUUAGGCAUCACCUGGACGGACAACCCUUCGCUAGUCACGCAUCUCGUCGUUCGUGCGAUGCAGCGAACGGAAAAAUUUCUUUGCUGUAAGGAUUCCACUUUCUCCCAAUCACUAUAUUGCGUCCAUUUCACUCAUCGAAUAGACGUCCCUUGUGCAGGCCUCGGCGUGGCUCCAAAGAUCGUGACCAAGGAAUGGAUUGAUGCCUCGCUCAAGGCCAACGAGCUGGUCGGUAUGUAGCCCAUGCAUCGCCUCCUGAACUUUAUCGUGGCUGAUAGCACGUCCUGCCUCCAUUUGUGCGAUUAGACGAGGAACCGUACCUUCUCAAAGACACUGUCCGCGAACGUGAAUAUAAGGAUACGCUCGUCGAGAUCCUCAAACGGGCGCGCACGAAGCAAUUGUUCGAGGACUACACGAUCUACAUUACCCCGGGGACGCAGCCGGAACCCAAGACGAUGCAGCGAAUUUGCCAGUCGGGCGGAGCAACGGUAGGUCAUCGAAGCUUGCUCCACUGCCUCUCAUGAGCCCCACGCUCACGCCCAGUCCAUAUUCCGCGUUGCAGGUCUCGCUCGCGCGCUUGACCCCGCCCAUCAUCAACAAGAUCGUCGAGAACCGCGAGCGCACGAUUGUCGUAUCCUGCCCCGGGGAUCGAAGAGAAUGGGAAGCUUUGGCCCGGAAGAAGUUCCCUAUCUUCUCUGUCGAGGCCGUGUUCAACUCCGUGAUGCAUCAGACCUUAGUGGGGUUCGAUACGGCGAGUAAUAAUCGGAUCGAUGGGUUGCAACUGGAUCGAUGA